AUGGGAGAAAGAAGAAGCCUAUCAGAACUGCCAGAAGACAUUAUUCAUCACAUACUUUCAUACCUCACACACAAAGAAGCUAUAAGUCAAGUAAGUGUCUUAGCUAAGGAGUUCUUAACUGCGGUUCGCAGCCGUCCCCCUUUGGAAACUUUAGUAGUAGAUACUCAUUGGGAGCAAGAAAAGUGCAAACAAGAACUUGAUUUUGUGUUUUCUACUUUGGUUACAUACCACAAGGAAAAUAUUCAUCUGGAGGCCUUCACUUUGAAGGCUAACUGCAGUCACCAGUUCAAGAAUCUUUAUAACCCAUGUAUCGAAUUAGCCGUCGCUAAAAAGGGUUUGAGGAUCCUUAAUCUAUCCGUGUAUGGAGCCGCUUUGCCAUCAUCAGUUUUUCAGGCUGAAUUCUUGGUGGAGUUGAGUUUAACUAGGUGUUAUUUGGAGGGGCUAGGAAAAGAAGAAGAGAAAUCACUAUCAACCUCAAUAACACCAUGGUGGCCUAAUCUCAAAAGACUAAUUCUUGAAGAUGUAACUUUCUAUAAGAAAGGGAUGUUUGAGGAUAUAGUCAAGGGAUGCCCUUUGAUUGAAACCAUGGAGAUGAAUGGUUUAAGGUGUCCUUACCAGAAGAGUUCAUUUAGGAUCACCAAUAUUCAUAAUCUUAAGCAACUCAGUGUUAGGUUAAUUCCGGGCACAACUGUUGAACUGUAUGAAUCCCCGAAUUUGGAAUCCGCGGCUUUUGGUUCACAUAACCCUAGAGAUGGUUACAACAAGAUCAUUUUUUGGCACUCUGAAUAUCAAAAUCUCAAAAGCUUGUUUCUUCAUGAAAACAGGAGUGCAGUUAUGAGCCACAGUUUUGAUAUGAGCAUGACACAUAAAUUCCCUCAGCUACAAGAAUUGUCAAUCCAAGGAGUCCAAAACUUCCAAACAAUCAACAUAUCAAGUCGGUCGUUGAAGAAAAUAAAGCUGUUAAGGAUCUGUAAUUUGCAAGAGGCUCGCUUUGAUGUGCCUAACAUUGCUGUUUUUGAAUACGACAACUACAUUGAUAGCAAAAGCCGCGAGUUCUUAAGAAACAAGUGUUUUCCGGAGCUGUCAUUUAAUGUUGGUUGCGGCGGUGUCUCAUCGAGAAAAGGCACAUGGAAUUCACGCAUCAUAUUAGAAUGCAAUGACAUCAAAAUUAUUACUUCACGGUUGGAAGAACUGAAGAAAUUCUUGACCGCAUUCAGAGGGUCUCAAACUUUGGUUACUCUUUAUUUGCCAUUAUCAAGGAAUAAUAAGAAUGUGGAUGAUGAUAUCGCUGAUCAGGUUAGGACAGAUGAUUCUGUUGUCUUUGAAAAACCAGAGAUUCGAGAAUUUGUCAUACACGAAAAAUCCAUAAGUAAGAGGAGGUCUUCUCUAUCAUCGGUUCAUGCAGUUUUGCGUAGUGUGUUUUGGAUUUGCCGACCUCAAACCCUAACAUUUCAAAAUUGGUCAGACUAUGAUCAAUACCCCAAGCAAAUCUAUGAAAUGCUGAUAUCUGGUGAUCAUCAUCUCCAUGAUAAGUUAUGGGACGUGACGAGUAUUGAGAUGUUCCAAGACACUUCCAAAAAGGGCGGACAGCCUCCGCAGCUUCAUCAACCAUCAAAUUCUGAGGAAUUCCUAAAGCAGUUAGAAGCUUACAAGAAGACCAGUACUACUAUUGGUAAGAUUACUAUUAGUUUCCACUUAGAAUGGAGAAACUAG